AACCUCAAAUCCAGAAGAGUAACUUUGUAGAUUAUCAAGAUGAGGGUGGGUGCUCAUGAUCUGAAGCUCAACGGGAUCAAGAGGGCUCUCAAGGAGAAGAAAGCCAGGCUCUACAUCAUCCGUCAAUGCGUCGUCAUGCUCCUAAGAUGGCAUGAUUGAUCAAACAAUUGGGAGCAGUUUUCUUCCCAUUUUCUCUUACUAAUCUCUCUGACUGGCCAGUCUAUUGGCUAAAAUUUUGGUCUCUAUCUCUGAUGUAUGCAUCAGCUGUAUAUAACCUGUAAAGGUAUGAAGAUUAGAAAUGAAUGUCAAGUUAUGUGAGUACUGGUUCCA